AACAAAAAAAAAUUAAUUAAAGUAUUAUUAAAAUUUAAAAACAAAACCUCAAUUAUCAUAUAAAUGAAAUAUAAUAAAAAAUUAACCAUAAAUAAUGUAUUAAUCGCUACUAAUAGCAGCAAACAACAAAAACCAAUAAUUUGUCGAAAAAAAUAACUGGAAAUUCAACACGAAAAAUUUCCACAUGUGAAAAUAUUUAUUUAUUAAAAUUAACCAACAACACAACAACUACAACAAAAAUAAUCGAAAAUUAUUUAAUAAUUAUUUGUUGUAAAAUAAUAUAUUUAAAACCAUAUUCCCAUCUUAACUAUAAAACGGCAAUUGUUAUAACAACAACAUUGUUGUUAUUUACCGUAAAAAAGUAUUAACAACAAACAUUUAUUAUAUUCAAUUAUUUUGGUUUUAAUAACAAAAAAAAUAAAUUUUGAAAUACAAUUAAAAACACAAUAGAGUGUCCGAGUCUAAGUAUUAGAAAAGAAUUCGUAUGAGUGGGAACGUGAAUGUUUGAUUUACUAACUGUAUUACUUAGUUGUUGUUUGUAUUUGCAACACUUUUUCCUGUCAUAAAAUCGAUACAACUCAAAAUUUAGGCUAUAGACCAUGGGUGUCUCUAGUGAACCCUGUAAAACUGUCGCCGUUACAAAAUCUAAAUUAGAUGAAAAACCAUCACUAACAUGGCGAGAAAAACUGGAUAAAAUCAUAAAAAAUAUAACCGUAGAACCGGUGGUGGCGGCAUAUAUUAUGCCGAGUGUAUUGUCAAAUUUGGCAACGCAAAAUCUAAAUUUGGAAAAAGCCUGCCGUGUAAAUAUGAACUAUGGUGAUGAGAUCUGUGAUGCCUUGACGAGAAGAGAAACAACUAAUUAUACGAUGGAAGAAGAAACCAUCCAAAAAAUGGUUGCCCAUAUGGUGGCCUGGAAAACUGUGAUACAAUCUCUAUUUCCCUGCUUGCUGAUAUUGUUUUGGGGUUCGUGGAGUGAUAGACAUCAUCGGAGAAAACCUUGCAUUAUGAUACCGAUAGUGGGAGAAUUUUUGGGAACUGUAGGUCUAAUGUUGUGCGUAUAUUUCAAACAAACACCCAUGGAAGUGGCUGGUCUAACGGAGGCCAUAUUUCCCUCGCUAAGUGGUGGUUGGUUUGUCAUGCUUAUGGGAGUUUUCAGUUAUAUAGCUGACAUUACCACCGAAGAGGAGAGAACACUAAGAGUUGGUAUUUUAAAUAUCUGCUUCUCGGUGGGCGUGCCCAUAGGUACGGCUCUUAGUGGAGUGUUGCUGAAAAAAAUUGGAUUUUAUGGCGUUUUCUCCAUUUCGGCUAGUUUGUAUGUGUUCUCUUUGGUUUAUGGUUUCUUCUUUUUACCCGAACCCCGUCCCCGUUGUAUACAACCGGAGACAAAAGAGAAGCCUAAAAGUUUAUUAGCCGACUUUUUCGAUAAACAACAUAUAGUGGAAACAUUCCGCGUGGCCUUCAAAAAAGGAGAGAAUAAAAGAAGAGCACGUGUUAUCUUACUCAUGAUUGUCGUAAUGGUAGUCAUAGGACCCAUUUAUGGUGAAAUGAAUGUCAUGUAUUUGUUUACUCGCUAUCGAUUCAAUUGGAAUGAGGUGGAUUUCAGUGUUUUCAAUACAUUUGCUGUGGUAACAGGUUUAGUGGGUGUUUUGUUUUGUGUGGGCGUUUUAUCGCAUAAACUCAAAAUUGAUGAUGCUCUUAUUGGUGUUCUAUCUAGUACUUCUAAGAUUCUCUCGGGCUUUGUUUAUGCCUUUGCCACGUUACCCUGGCAUAUGUAUGUGGGUGCUAUUGUGGAGAUCUUUAAUGGUACCUCAUUUAUAGCCAUGCGUUCUAUGGCUACUAAACUGGUGUCAAAGGAUGAAUUGGGUAAAGUAAACUCAUUGUUUGGUGUGGCAGAAGCUCUUAUGCCGGUAGUGUACGCUCCCAUGUAUAGUACACUAUAUGCUGCCACUAUAAAAGUAUUUCCCGGUGCAUUUUAUAUACUGGGAGGCGGUAUUACCGUAUUGGCUGUGAUAAUAUUCUUCUGGAUGUACAAUUUCCAACGUCAACUUAAUCGUAAACUCAAACUAACCGAUCAAGAGUCUGCUAAAGACACCAAUGGCAAUAUUAGUACUAUUGAUGCCAUUGCCUUGGCUUCGGAGGCAAAGGGCCAUUUAAAUGGUAUCGUUACAAAUGCCUUGCACGAACAUAUUUGCGAUCAUACUUGUCAAACGAAUAAUUGUGUGAGUGCCAGUAAUAAUGGUUUGGAUAAUAAAGCUUUUAUGCCCGAUGUGGUUGAUAAUGGGGAUGUGAAAUCUGAACAUAAUACGCAUUUGUAAUAUUAGGAUAUAUAUUUUUUUUUAAUUUCUCUAUGUGAAAAAUCUUAGAAGUGAAAUUUAAAGUGAUAAAAGUAUUGUUUUUUAUGUUAUAUUUGUUAAUAUGUAUUAUAUUAAAGUUAAAUAAUAAUAAAAUAGUUUUUUAAAAUAAUAAUAAAUAAAA